AUGAGAUUAAUCAAAAUUUAUGAAAAAAGGUUUUUGCUUUUGGAUGAAAGGGUGUUUAUUUUAGAAGAAACUGCUAGAGAUUUCAAGUGUGAGAUUUUGGAAAAUAAUAAUAAUAAUAAUAAUCAGCAAAAGGAUUUUGCGGCUUCUGAUGAAAGCAGUAUUGGUCUACCAUUGUCUAAUAAAAAGAGGGACUCAAACAUUAGAACAAAACCCAGGCUUCAGGAGAUAAUUGAGAUUGAUGACGAUGACGCUGAUGAUUUUCAGUUUAUCUCGACACUGAAACGAAAGCGAGAUUCAAAUGAAGUAAAAAAGGAGCUUAACAGUGAUGACAAUGAUUUAGACUAUAAGUCUACAUUGACAACGAAUAGGGUAAAGGAAAUAAAAAGAGAUUGUAACAGUGAUUAUGUUGACAAAAUUCCAACCAGAACUCAACCAAGGAGGAAUGUUGGUGAGUUGCAUAAUCAUCAGCUAACUUCCGAGGGACUCUAUAGCCCUUAUUCAGAAGUCAAGCCAAAUAUCCUUGCGUCUCCCUUCAACACCAACCACUCCACUUCUGGUCAAAAUGGCAACAAAGUUGAUGAAGUAUAUAAGUAUGCAGCUGCUAAAUUGAAAGAAAUAUGGGAAUCGAAGGCUGAUAUGCUCAAAGAAUUUGAAAAAAAUGAUGAGCUCUCUAUGAAUGCUAUAUGUGCUCUAUAUAGACAAAGAACGCAAAUGAACAUUCAUGAUCAAUCUGAUAUAUCUAGAAUUAACCAACUGGCAAGCUUGCUUUUCAAAGGGGAUUCACAAAAAAAUCUAAGGGAAACAGCUCCAGAGCUCGAUCGUCUUGAUCUUCAUGAUAUGAAAAUGUUAGCAAAGAAGUAUUCAGCUCCUAUAUUCGACAUCUACCAUCAAAAAAUUGAUCCUUUCUUCCGCCCAAAAGGUUAGGCAGAAAACGACGAUGAUGAGAAAUCCAACUUUGGAAUGUUUGUAAAUGUUAAGUUUUUUGAAGGUUUCUACACUAUCUUGCUGGUAGAUCUAACAUGAAGUACUAUGCAUUUGAAAUUUUGAUAUGCUUUUAGUUUACUAUGUAUAAGCGUAGUCGAUUAGAAAAACUCAGCGGUGGUGCCAAUCUGUAAGAUGUAUUUCUC